UGCCCUUGUUGGGCAACAGUUUUUUUUUGUUUUUGCUCUUUUUCUAGUAAAAGAGUUCCCAAAGCCCCGUUUUUCUGGUGGUGGUUUACAUUUUUGGGCCUCGAGUCAGUGGUCAGACAACUAGUGUUACUAAUUCGAACUUAGUAUAUGCCGGUAGAGAUUUAAAUUUUUGCUUCGAUAUGCCACUGGAGAUUCAAAUUUUUGCUUGUGAUUUACACCUUUAAACAUUGGAAGAUUGUUUUUAACUUUUUUUUCCCCUUAUCCUCGGAAGAGUUUCAUUAUUCUUUACCUCCUGGAGUUCAAGAGGUGAUAUGUUUGGAGUUCUGUGUCUCUUUUGAGUAGAGCCACUCUAAAUGAUUGAUCCGGCAUUUCUCUUGUGUGAAUUACCAUUUUCCUGGUCUCAGAGGCACCCCAAAACAGAUUCAGGAAGUAGGUAAUUUUAUUUACCAUCCAGCCCCCAAUUUUCGUCUUCAUUAUUUGCUAAGUGAAGUCAAUGCCAUCUGUUGAGUCUUCAAGUCCAGGAGGUUCAGCAACAUCAGAUGACCAUGAAUUUGAUCCAUCAGCUGACAUGCUGGUUCAUGAUUUUGAUGAUGAACGAACAUUAGAAGAGGAAGAAAUGAUGGAAGGAGAAACAAACUUCAGUUCUGAAAUAGAGGAUCUUGCAAGGGAAGGUGACAUGCCAAUUCAUGAACUUCUCAGCCUUUAUGGUUAUGAUAGUACUAUUCGACUGCCUGAAGAAGAUGAGGAGGAGGAGGAAGAGGAAGAAGAAGGUGAAGAUGAUGAAGAUGCCGAUAAUGAUGAUAACAGUGGCUGUAGUGGGGAAAAUAAAGAAGAGAAUACAAAAGAUUCAUCAGGUCAAGAGGAUGAAACUCAGUCUUCUAAUGAUGAUCCAUCACAAUCUGUUGCUUCUCAAGAUGCCCAGGAAAUAAUCCGUCCACGUCGAUGUAAAUAUUUUGAUACAAAUAGUGAAAUAGAAGAAGAAUCUGAAGAAGAUGAAGAUUAUAUUCCAUCAGAAGACUGGAAAAAGGAGAUUAUGGUGGGCUCCAUGUUUCAAGCAGAGAUUCCAGUUGGCAUUUGUAGAUACAAAGAAAAUGAAAAAGUAUAUGAAAAUGAUGAUCAGCUCCUCUGGGACCCUGAAUACUUACCGGAAGAUAAAGUGAUUGUGUUUCUCAAGGAUGCAUCUAGAAGAACAGGUGAUGAGAAAGGUGUAGAAGCAAUUCCUGAAGGAUCUCACAUAAAAGACAAUGAACAGGCAUUAUAUGAAUUGGUUAAAUGCAGUUUUGACACAGAAGAAGCAUUGAGAAGAUUAAGAUUUAAUGUAAAAGCAGCUAGAGAGGAAUUAUCUGUUUGGACAGAGGAAGAGUGUAGAAAUUUUGAACAAGGGCUGAAGGCCUACGGAAAGGAUUUUCAUUUGAUUCAGGCUAAUAAAGUUCGAACAAGGUCAGUUGGUGAAUGUGUAGCAUUCUAUUAUAUGUGGAAAAAAUCUGAACGGUAUGAUUUCUUUGCUCAGCAAACACGAUUUGGAAAAAAGAAAUAUAAUCUUCAUCCUGGUGUAACGGAUUACAUGGAUCGGCUUCUGGAUGAGAGUGAAAGUGCUGCUUCUAGUCGCGCCCCAUCGCCUCCCCCCACGGCCUCCAGCAGCAGUAACAGCCAGUCGGAGAAGGAAGACGGUGCCGGGAGCUCGCAGAACGGGGUGUCAUCUAAUGGACCUGGUGAAAUAUUAAGCAAAGAAGAAGUCAAAGUUGAAGGGUUACACAUUAAUGGACCAACAGGUGGAAAUAAGAAACCACUUCAUGCAGACAUGGAUACUAAUGGUUAUGAAACAGAUAACCUUACCACUGACCCAAAACUUGCCCACAUGACUGCAAGAAAUGAAAAUGAUUUUGAUGAAAAAAGUGAGAGACCUGCCAAAAGGCGAAGGGUAAACAGCAAUGGAAAAGAAAGUCCAGGUUCUUCGGAAUUUUUCCAAGAAGCCAUCUCACAUGGAAAAUUUGAAGAACUUGAAAACACAGAUGACUAAAGUUUAGACUUUAAUUUUACUUUCUUUGAAGUAAAUUCUGGCGUGACUUAAAUUUUCAGGGUUGAGGGGUUACCUUAAAAAAUUGAUUUCCUUGAAGCAGUUGGUGAAAAUUUGAAAAUCUGAAUUGAGACCUGACUUUAGUAAAUAAGAUUUCAUAAUUCUGCCUUUGCAGAUUUUUUACUUUAAAAUUUUAAAGACCCUUUUAAGGAUAUAAUAAAUAGUAAAUUUGAAUAAACUAACGAUUUAUCUGUACCUUCUCAUUUGAUGUAUUAAUCCUAAAAUUUCACUACAGGGUACUUACUCUGUACUUAGUUUGAUGGCAGGGAAGGAAAAAACCAAGUUCAAAUUGCUCCUUAACCAAUUUUCUGAGUUUCUUGAAAUGUCUUUUGUAACAGACAUUUUUCUCCCCAUACAAAUUGAGUAUCAUUAUUAAGGAAACCCUUAUGAAUCCUGAAAGUUAUGCUAGCAUGAUUUUUUUAUAUAUAGAAGUUUAAAAAUAAACCAAGUCAGGUUUGUAUGUGUAAAAUUGUUGACAUCAAUGAUGUCUUUCCAUAUUCUUAUCUGGGCUUAAGAAAUACAUUCUGUAUUUUUCCAGAUUCUUUGUAGCCUUUGAAAGAUUUUUACAGUACAUAUGUCUUGACUGAGCUGUCCUUUCUAAUACAAAAGCUUGUAUAAUUUUCUUAACUUGUACAGUUGGUAAACUUUUAUGAGAGGAAUUGAUAUUCUGAGUCUGUCAGCUUUCAUUUUAUUUUGCUAAGGUUUUCUAAUGAAUUUUUAAGUGUUUGUGUAGUAACUAAGUCAUGUUUCUUAUCCAGGUGGUAAAAGCGUUCAUAAAGGAUUGUGAAAAUUUGUUUGUUUUCAAAUUUCUACUUAAGGACAAAUAGUUUGAGAAUUCUGAAAUUAAGCAUGAUACUUAGAUUGCAUAGUUUGUUUUGCAUUUGCUAUAAUUUUCAAAAUUAUUUUUGAAGCAAGAUCAAAGUUUAAUGCUGGCUUAAGUGCUUAACUAUCAUGCUGAUCAGAAUCCUGUCCAGUUAUUUUUAUAUGCAUUAUGAAACGUCCCAUUUUUGCAUUAAAUAGGGGAACCGGUCAGGUGAUAUUUAGAUACUGGCACACACGAGGAGUUGGCAGGCAAGAAUAUUGAUUUUAUGAGGAAAAAGUGAUGAAGUCAGAAAAGUUUUUAGACUUUUCCAAUUACAAUCCAGUUUUUCAGAUUUGAUGGUGUAUUUCCAGAAUGAAAAUAAGAUAUGCAGAAAGCAUUGCUCUGUGUGAAUACAAAUAGGAUCAUCUAUUUGCAUACCCUUGCAAGAGUGCCAUUUUAUUUUUAGUGCAAAAUUCUUGUUAAAAAAUGUAGUUUUAUACAGCUGAUAGACCAACCUAUAUCCAAACUUUUAUAAAAGAUUAUUAACUAUUCUUGUUCUUAUCACACAGGCAUACCCAAAAUGCUUCUACCAAUUCAUUUUCAGUCAUUAGUUCAAGAGCCACUGCCUUUUUAAAUAAGUCUUCUGUGGUCUUGUUUUUAACGGCUCAACUGUCAAAUGCAAUUGAGUAGAGGUU